GAGUUCCAUUCCGAAGCUCAGCUUGCCUUUGGCCUUGCCUUGUUAGCUAGAAAGGAAGCAGAUGAUGAACGGCGGCGAAUUGUUCCUCCCCCCUGGCUUCCGCUUCCAUCCCACGGAUGAGGAGCUUGUGGUGCACUACCUCUGCCGGCGUUGCGCCACCAUGCCCAUCCCCGUCCCGGUCAUCGCCGAGGUGGACCUGUACAAGUACGACCCCUGGCAGUUACCAGGGAUGGCGCUGUACGGGGAGAAGGAGUGGUAUUUCUUCUCGCCGCGGGACCGCAAGUACCCUAACGGCUCGCGGCCGAACCGGGCGGCCGGGUCCGGCUACUGGAAGGCCACCGGCGCCGACAAGCCCAUCGGUUCACCCCGGCCGGUGGCCAUCAAGAAAGCGCUGGUCUUCUACUCCGGGAAGCCGCCCAAGGGCGAGAAGACCAACUGGAUCAUGCACGAAUACCGCCUCGCCGACGUCGAUCGCUCCGCCCGCAACAAGAACACCACUCUCCGGUUGGACGAUUGGGUGCUCUGCCGCAUUUACCUCAAGAAAGGCGCGUUGGGAAAGCAGUCGAAUCCGGACCGCAAGGCCAAGAAUAACCGGCCGGAAGUAAAAAAGGCUGCGGCGCUCGUUUCGGCGUCGCCGAAGACGGAGAUGAUCUGCUUCGAUUCAGCUGCGCCGCUGCGCCGGCCGCUCGGCGAUUCUAGCAGCUCAGAGCAGGCCGUGUCGUCGCCGGAGCUGGGAGGCGAAUGGGAAGUCGAGAGCGAGCCCCGCUGGGAGCAGGAUUGGGAAGAAUGGGAUAUGGACCUCGGCCUCAACAUCGUUGACCCAGAGGACGCCGGCGAGUUUCCUCCUCCGUCGCCAGCCUUCUUCUGCGACUCGUUUCAGGAGGACUUGUUCCUUUACCUCCAAAAUCCCCUUUAGCUUUUAGCCUCCUCCAAAACCACAGCCAUCCAUUAGCUAGCCAUUACUACACCUUCACUUUAAUUAAGCUCAUCAGAUCAUUGGGAUCGCAAAACCCCCAAAAAUUAUAGAGGGAAUCUGUUUCUUAGACAAUUUUGCCUGUUAGUUUGUAUCGAAUUAGCAACGGGGACGGCAUGAUCAAUUCUGAUUGAUUCAUCCCUGUUUGUGAUGUUUUGUGAACCCCCACUUUUAGGUUUUAUGACAUCACUGUUACUAAAUUAAGGAGCAACUUGCUCUCUUGUGAUUGAGCUUGUGCGGAUGGAUGAAUGAUGAUAAAAAAAAAAUGUUAAAGAUGGUGUUUGAUGAUGAUGACCUUUGUAUAUUUUUAAAAUUAGUUCUCAUUUUGGAAUGGCUUGAUGUUUUA